AUGCGUUUAUCUCAAAUUGUCACCUUAGCAUUGACACCUCUAGUCUUGGGUCUUAAUGUCCCAGGCAGGGUUCAGACAUUCUUGACCAGUGACUCACCUCUCGAUGAUUCAUCGUCUCAAUUGACCGACUAUAUCGUUGAUAAAAGAUUUUCGUUGCUUCAGUUACAUCGCAGGCUUGUUUCGACAGAGUCAAUUAGCGAUAAUGAACUCUCAGUGUCAAAGUGGCUUCUGAAAUAUCUUGAAGAUGCUGGUUUGACUGUUGAGACGCAACAGGUAUUAGAUGACCCCAAAAAUUACAACGUGUAUGCCUAUUUGGGUAAGAAAAGAGACUGUUCAUUGUUAUUGACAUCUCACAUCGAUACUGUCCCACCGUACAUUCCAUAUCAUGUCAAGGGAACUGAAAUUCAUGGACGGGGCACUUGCGAUGCUAAAGGCUCUGUAGCCACUCAAAUUAUUGCCUUCUUGGAUUUGGUCAAACGGGGAGAUUUGAAGGAGGGUGAUGUUGCAUUAUUGUUUGUUGUUGGCGAAGAGACAAAAGGCUUUGGAAUGAGAAAGGCCCUGGAAUCCUUGGGAGCAUCUUGGGAUGCGGCUAUUUUCGGUGAACCAACCGAAAACAAGUUAGGCGUUGGCCACAAGGGAAUUCUCGUGUUUCAAGUGAUUGUUGAAGGUAAGGCUUCUCAUUCCGGCUAUCCUGAGUUAGGAAUCUCAGCCACUGAGAUCCUCAUUCCUAUUCUUUCUAAAUUGCAGCAAUUAGACUUGCCAAAGUCGGACCUCUUGGGCCCAUCUACUUUGAACAUUGGUCAAAUUGAGGCUGGUGUUGCGUUCAACGUUGUACCCGCUUAUGCCAAGGCUUCCAUUGCCAUCCGUGUGGCAGCAGAUGCUGAAAAAACAAUCAAACUUAUUAAAGGUGCUGUAGAAGGAGUUGAACAUGUUAAGUCACCUGAAAUCUACUGCACUGAACCUCAGUAUUUGGACUAUGAGGUUCCAGGUUUCGAAUCCAUCAUUUUAGCUUACACCACUGACAUCCCCAACCUCACCAUUCCUUUGAAGCAGAGAUAUUUGUAUGGUCCCGGAUCUAUUCACGUUGCUCAUGGAGACGAUGAAUUUGUGGAAAACCAGGACUUGCUCGAUGCUGUUGAUGGAUACAAAAAAUUGAUCGAGUAUGUGUUGGAUAAGCAGUAA